AAAAUAGUUACGAAAGAGGGUCUAAAACUUUGAUUUCCGCUGGGGCUGGGGCCGGGGCCGGGGGUGGCUGGCGGGCCCGAAAUAGACCUACGGGUGGGUUGGACCGGCCGAAUGCCGAAGCGACUGAGCAAGACACAGCAACAUAUAAAAGGGCAAGAACGGGAUCACUCGGAGUAUCGUCUGCAAAAUGGGUCACAACAAAGCUAGACGCUUCAAAGGCCACCAAUCCCACAGAGGCCAAAGCAGUAGAUUCCAAGAACCUCUAAGGGAAUACGACUCUCUCCCAACCGAUCAAGCUGAAGAAGAGGAGCUUUCUGUUCCGAAAGUUCAGCUUGCUAUGUGGGAUUUUGGACAAUGUGAUGCAAAAAGGUGCACAGGACGCAAACUUUCAAGAUUCGGCCUGCUGAAAGAGUUGCGGGUGACUAGUGGCUUUGGUGGCAUUGCUUUGAGUCCUGUUGGGAAUCAAUGUGUCUCAAAAGAAGAUUAUAUCUUAAUAAAGAGAAAAGGAUUAGCAGUUGUGGAUUGUUCGUGGGCACGCUUGAGUGAUGUUCCUUUCACAAAGCUGCGAUGUGCUGCUCCUCGCCUCCUACCAUGGCUGGUGGCAGCAAACCCAGUAAAUUAUGGUCGACCAUGUGAGCUCUCUUGUGUGGAAGCAUUAUCUGCAGCUUUAUUUAUAUGUGGGGAAGAGGAAACUGCAAAUUUGUUGCUAGGCAAGUUCAAAUGGGGCCAUGCUUUCUUGUCUCUCAACAGGGAACUCCUGAAGGCAUACUCUAAAUGCGAAAACGGAGCUGAAAUUAUAUCAGUUCAAAAUGCUUGGCUUUCCCAACAAAGGCUACAGGUCCAGAAGGCACUCCCAGAUGAUGAAGGAGCAGGCGUGUCAUCUCAAAAUGAUGAUGAAGGCUCAUGCGAUGAUUCUGAAGACGGGCUUCCACCUCUUGAAAAGAAUUUAAAUCAUCUUAACUUGGAGGAAAGCGAUUCUGAAGACGGACUUCCACCUCUUGAAAAGAAUUUAAAUCAUCUGAACUUGGAGAAAGGGGAUGAAGAAAGUGAGUAAAAUGGCCGUAGAAAACUUUGCUACUCGGUGCAGUUAUGAAAAUAGUUUUGAAUGAUCACUGGAAAAGGAAAAGAAAAAAAAAACACCCAGAAUUGGUUGAACAGGAAAGUGUUGGACUGAUGGGGAUGGGUGAAAUUGCUGAAAAUGCAUUUCUGAAAUCUGUACCAAACACACUCCUAAUAUCAUGGAUUGUCUUAUCUUGCUUUCCUGAUUUAUUGGUUUUCUGUAAUGGUGAUUUGGAUUUUCUUUGCGAUGGAAUGAGAUGGGUUUUUGAAUGAA